AUGACUUUAUUGAACAAGUCGGCAAGCUUGGAGACAUCUGAAGGUGUUUUGAAGAUUGAAAUCCCGUCGGGUCCAGGAGCAAAAUUGUUCCAAAAUUGCAUCCUCGAUUUCCGAUCUGAGGACUGGAGGUUGUAUAGGGCACGUUGCUGUGCUAAAGCUAAAGCUGAUUUAGAAGGAGCUGAUGCCUCAUUGUAUAAUGAAGAGAUCUUAUCGGAUCAUAAAGAAAGAAUGGCUCAAUCGGUUCCACCAGGAGACAUCCAGACUCAGCCAAACGCCAAGAUCGUGUUCAAUGCUCCGUACGACGACAAGCACACCUACCACAUCAAGGUGAUCAACUCGUCGGCUCGCCGCAUUGGCUACGGCAUCAAGACGACGAACAUGAAGAGACUCGGAGUCGACCCGCCAUGUGGAGUGCUCGACCCGAAGGAAGCCGUCCUUCUCGCCGUCUCCUGCGACGCGUUCGCCUACGGACAAGAGGACACCAACAAUGACCGUAUCACUGUCGAGUGGACCAACACCCCCGACGGCGCCGCGAAACAAUUCCGUCGCGAAUGGUUCCAGGGCGACGGAAUGGUCCGCAGAAAGAAUUUGCCGAUCGAGUACAACCCAUAA